AUGCCUUCAAACUUCUGUUCUAAACCACGCGCACUGUUCAGCAGAGGUGAGGACUGUUCUGUUCUGUUCUGUCUGCAGCUUGAGAAGAUGAGAACAAAACAACCAUUGAAUAUUGACCCAGCUGAUCAGAUUCAUAAAAUGUUGGAGUUUCCAAGAGACUCAGACACUGAAGAACCAUUUUGUGAAGCGUUGAAUUCAAGCAAGACCUCCAUGAGCAGUACCGAUAGUUACCCCAGUUUCUGUCGUCUCUCUUUCGACCUCCCUACAAGCUCGCCGGAAAAUCUAACCCUGAAACCCCACCGAUCAUCGGACUCCUCUUUUCAAGCUAUUCGGUCAGCAGUAUUGCGCCGGAAAAACUCCGGAUUGAGUUUCAGAGACUUCAGUUUGGUCCGACAGAUCGGAAGUGGAGACAUUGGUAAGGUUUAUCUCUGCAAAUUACGCUGCGAUGAGAGCUGUUUUUAUGCUAUGAAGGUGGUGGAUAAAGAGGCUCUGGCUUUGAAGAAGAAGAUUCAGAGAGAUGAGAUUGAGAAAAAGAUCUUGAAAAUGUUGGACCAUCCAUUUUUGCCAACUCUCUACGCUGAAUUUGAAGCUUCCCAUUUCUCUUGUGUUGUAAUGGAGUAUUGUUCUGGGGGUGAUUUGCAUUCUUUGAGGCAUAAACAGCCUCACAGACGUUUUUCUCUCUCCUCUGCAAGGUUUUAUGCAGCUGAAGUGUUGGUGGCUUUGGAGUACCUUCACAUGUUGGGGAUAAUCUACAGAGACUUAAAGCCAGAAAACGUAUUGGUUAGAUCGGACGGUCACAUUAUGCUCACAGACUUUGAUCUCUCUCUUUGCUCAGAUGCAAUCCCAGCCGUUGAAUCACCUGACUUUUCUUCAGACCCAUCAUCAUCACCCUCGGUAACACAAAAGAUCCAAACACUCACUCCUUUUUCAUGUAUCUCCAACCGGCUGUUCCGGUCGAAGAAGGUCCAAACAAUCUCAACCAACCGGCUGUUCGUGGCUGAACCGGUCACAGCCCGGUCAUGUUCUUUUGUUGGGACCCACGAGUAUGUGGCCCCAGAGGUCGCCUCCGGUACGCCGCACGGGAAUGCAGUUGAUUGGUGGGCCCUAGGGAUUUUCAUGUACGAGAUGUUGUAUGGACGAACACCAUUUGCCGAUGUAACGAAUGAAGCUACACUGCGUAACAUAGUAAAAGAACCAUUGACUUUUCCUACUGACGCGCCCAGUAGUUUGUGUGAAAAGCACUUGCGGGACUUGAUAUCCGUGUUGUUGGUGAAGGAUCCGAAUAGUAGACUCGGGGCGAAGCGUGGGGCGGCGGACAUCAAGACCCACCCGUUUUUUAAUGGCUUGAAUUUUGCGCUCAUAAGGACAGUGACCCCACCGGGAGUUCCAGGAAUGAGGAGAGAGAAAGCGACGACGUCCGUUCAUAACGCGAGACAAACGGCGCCGUUUGAGUUCUUUUGAUUUGAUCUCAUAUUUGCUAAGCCACGUGAUGUGCGCCACGUGGCACCACUUUUCUUCACGUAUACAAUCAAAAAAUAUGUAUAUACAGGUUAUUUAUGGGCGAUAUUAGCUAGGAAUGGAACUUGGAGAUGUGUGAGAGGAGCAAUGGAAGGAAUUUAAAUAGAAUAUCAAACGAUUCUGG